ACAAUCGGGUCACAAUAAACAAUUUUUUCGUUUAAAGCAGCCUGACACUUUGUUGCUAUGACGCUUCAAAACAAUUGUGUGAGUUAUGGUUUGCUGAAAGUUUUAUCUCAAUCGAUCACUCAACUCUAGUCUUGACAAACUGUAUGACAGAAAUGAAGAGCUCAAAAUAUGUGUGGUCUUUGACUGGAAUAUGUUUGUUGGUUCAAGCUGUGAUAAUGUCAAACAACAUGAAGGCAUGUUGGAUAACACCUUUUGACUUAUACCGAAAGUUCAAGUGUGUAAAGAGCAGCGUCAUGACUUUACCUUUUAAUGUGUGUGCAAUGCAAUGUUGCUUACAGCAUCGAUGUAUCGGAUUGUAUCACACGAACGCAAGUGACGAAUGUUACUUGAUCAACGCUAUUGAAAAAGAGGAAAAUUGUGCCGACUUGGAUUGGACUAGCUGGAAAGCAUAUAAGAAAACUAAAGACCUUGGCGAGUGCAGCCAAUAUUUAUUGAUGAAAAAGAAUCACCGAUCUCGGCUGAACUUUGUUCCGAGUGAUAACGACGGUAUUGGUGGUAUUAACGUGACGGGCAAAUAUGCAUAUUUUACUCUACCAAACUUUUCAAAAGUUCGAGGAUUUGCAAUUCAAGGAAGGUGGCGAAAUGGAACUUUUGACUCUUGCUGUGAUGAAAGGGUAACAUCUGUUUAUAUCCAUCAAAGUGCUGACUGCAACAAGUGGGUCUGGGCGGACAAAAAAGCAUUAUUUGAAGGUAAUGUGAUUCCGGAUGCCGGAAAUGAGGUAGUCGUCAAUGUGUAUCAGACUCCUGUGGAAGUGAAAUGCAUAGCUGUUUUCCCCGCAGAUUAUCAUGAACAAAAGAUCAUCCGUUUUGAUGUGAUUGGUUGUGAAAUAUGACGUCACACAUUUGAUAAUUCUCUUAGGCUGAGAUGGCUGAAAUGUUUCACUCUUUCGCCCUUACACAAAUCUACUGUUUAAAAUUAUUUUUGUCGGAUAGAAUUGCAGUAUUUCAAAGGAAUUAUAACGCAUUUACUUUUCUUUUCCGUUAUUUUACCCAUGCAAAAAAAUGCAUCUGGCAUGGGGGUAGUAGAUGAGUCGCAUUCUAUAUGCCAUGCUUAGGGUGACGUAUUUUCGCCGUUAUAAUAAAGUUUAAAAUUCACACGCUGUUGUAAGAAAAAAGUUACCAGUGAAAUGACAUAAAAUUCCAUAUUCCAUCAAAAAAAGUUUUAUUAAGGUAAUAUAUUAGUAAUUUAUGUUAUGGUGGAGUAUGGCAAUAGAUGCAAGAAAUAUUUGACGUAUGCUUACGGUUCGGAUCGGAAUAUCCGUCCCUCGGUAAACCGCCUAUGGUCAGUAACCCGGCAAGGUUUGUUACCACCCAAUUGGCGGGUCCCCUCGGAAAGGAUUCUCCUAUAUGAACUGCAAAAUAUGACAGAUAUUAUAAUGGUAAACCGGCUUAAUUUUAUCAGUCUAAUUAAUCGAAAAUUUUAUAAAAUAUAAUUCAAACACUAAAUUGUUAAGUGUUUAUAAGUAGGCAUAUGCUACAUUUUAUUGGUCUUUUAUAAGUAUUGACCAAUUAAAUUUUGUAAAUGCUAAUAAACGCUAACCUUGUACAUAAUUUCAUACAGUUAUGUCAUUUACAUGAUUUAUUGAUUUAAAAUCAAACUUUAAUUAGCAUUUAUGUCCUCAGUAAUUGUUUUUAUUAUCUUUGUAAUAAAGUAAGCA